CGCCGCCUGUCGCCCCACAACAGUGUGGCGCCAGCACGCUGGGGAGGGAGAGGCGGGCGGGAAGGAGCCUUGCGCCUUACUGUCUUGUCCCCACACACCAGUUCACCAGCAGCAACAGGGAGUUCACCACUUGCUGCAGCCCAUCAGCGGCCUUGCAGCCUGGCCUCUCCAAGUAAUGGCCGCGGCGACACGUGGCUUCACUUCCUGUCGCUCGCUGAGGAGCUUUUAAAAUGCCCCGUAGACACACACACACACACACACACACACACGACAGUCAUGGAGAGAGUCUUGCCGUGCCCGCUGCUGCUCCUGCUGCUAAGUCCUGGAGGCGCACCAAGCCCCACCCUGGCCCAGGACUGCAGUGCUGCCGACACAGUAGUGAAGAAAGGACAACCACAAGUCAUCAACGCCACACAACUCACCUGGGACGGUGCACGAUAUGGAGGUCAUCUUACUUUGUUUGUGAAGCCUGAGAGUGACUUUGAGGGCGUCAGUCUUCAUGCGGGGACACGUGACAGGACUCUCCACACUGCCUGGUUCCCUGCCGAGGAAUGUUUCCCGCGCGACGGCACGUGGCUGCAAUUCAGGGCGAUGAUUUCCACAACCAGGACGGGUCUUGAGUUUCGCUUCAGUUCUCCUGCAUGCUGGAAGGAGUGCGAGACCAACAGUGUCCAGGCAAUGCCCACGAUCCUCCAUGUGGUGGCUCACGGCCCUUCCAGGUGGUUGACCGGACACCGACCUGAAAACUGUCGGUUCCAGUUGUUACGUGAAUCACAACGCGACAAAAUGGAAAGGUGCAAGCACCCUCCAUCCACCACCACCACCAGAACCACUGUCACAACCACCACCACCACCUUCACCUCCACCACCACCUCCAACACCAAAACCAAAACCUCGACCUGCGGGACGCUCUCUGCUCCUAAGCUGACACUUUACAAGAUAAUAAUCACAGCGGCGUCAGCAGCAACAGUGGUGGUGUUGGUGGUGGUGGCGGUGUUGUGUUACAAGCAAAAAGCUGUCACAUCAGCGCACCACGCACAGCCGCACUCUUCCAGCCCCCCAAUGAGCACGUCAUAGAAAACGACAUCUACGCACCAUUUGACGGUCACCCUAAGGACCUGCCUGACGGGGAACGCACGCACGGGCAAGAGAGAGAGAGAGAGAGAGAGAGAGAGAGAGAGAGAGAGAGAGAGAGAGAGAGAGAGAGAGAGAGAGAGAGAGAGAGAGAGAGUGUGUGUGUGUGUGUGUGUGUGUGUGUGUGUGUGUGUGUGUGUGUGUGUGUGUGUGUGUGUGUGUGUGUGUGUGUGUGUGUGUGUGUGUGUGUGUGUGUGUGUG